GUGGCGCGAAUAAAUAUCCUACGUUGAUUGUAGACUCGUUAACAUACAAAAGAGAUCAACGUUAAGUACACUUAGUUCGAUUUUAAUAGUUCACCAUUGGCAAACGAUCAUUUUUAAUGUGUUUUUAAAUUUUUGUUAAGUGUAUUAAGAGAAUGGAGUAGAGAAAAAUUGAAAAACUGCAGUUCAACGACUUUAGUUGAAAAAGUCGCAAGAAGUAAAAUCAAAAUGUAACAGAAUUUCUCAAAAGAUGAUGUGGAAUUUCCUUACGAAUUUGCUGACGUCUUCUAUUGACAUUGCUUAUAGGUGCGUUAAAACGAUCAUUCAAUAAUGAAUGAUGAGCACAAUUGAGUCAUUAUGUUCCUAACAAUUGAGGUAUGGGAAUAUCAUUAAGAUAUGCCACAAAAUGAUAAGACGAAAAAUAAAUUCGAACUUCUAUUCUGAGACAGCACAUGGUGAUCAUGGAAAUGACCAUGGUAAUUAGUAACACAUAGUUAAAUCGGUAUACACAAGUGAAACCCGAAUUCCGCGGCACGAAAAAUAGUGUUCACGUGAUGGAGAAUAGGGCACCCUAGCUAUUGUCGCCGUUUGAUAAUAGGACGAUCGCGUAGAUGGGGGAAAGUGAUCUAUAAUGACAAUAAGAGAAAUUUUCGACCGAUGAAUUAAUAAUUCCAUUUCCAAGAGAAAUAGAAUUUGAGAAAAAAACAUUCUUCUUUAACGUGUAGUCGGGAAUCGAACCCGAGUCUCCCAUUUUUGCGUCGGGUACACGGACAGAAAUAUUAACUCUUACGGAGGGUUUCGUAAUUUUUAUUUUAUUUAAUUUUUAUUUCGUAAUUUUUACUGAACUUUUUUCUUCGUGCAGUCUUACCGACUAUAAGCUACGUGGAACCACUGAAAUUCACUCUAAAAUUCAUCUUAAAUGCUCCUUAAUCUCUUUUUGGCAUGAAAGAUUCCUAAGAAAAUUAUAAAAAAAUUCCGCUUUAAUUCAGUCGGGAGUGGAACCCAAACCUCCCACCUUCGCGUCGGGUAGUUUUACCGACUGAGCCACCGGGAACCACAAACAUUCACUUUGGAAUUCAGCUAAAGUACCGCCUAGCCUUCAUUAAUCAUUAAAGAUUCUUGAGAGAAUUAGAUUUUGAAAAAAUUUCCCCUCUAAAUCAGCCGGGGACCAAGGGAUUCCCGGAAAAAUGAAAAUUUAUCGUUCAAAUUAAAUUAAAUACUACUGUUAUUCCGAUAAAUGGAAAGAAUUUCAAUUCUAGUGAAAUUCUAUUUAUUUCAACCAUAUCUACCUCAGAACGUAGAUAACUGCUGUUUAUUGCAAAAUCCCUUCCGUUUGAAAAGUUUAAACCCAAGGAUAGUCCAUCCAAAUUAGAUCCUCUAGAUAAAAUUAAUUUAUUCUAUCAGUUCAUCGAUGGCAAUAAAGCAAUAUUCAUUAAUCCCUCAAUAAAUGGUACCGAAAACUCUCAUUACAUUUAAACAAGCCACUGCAUUAUCGAUUUAUCUCACAAUUGAAACAGUUUCUUUGGACAUGAACUCAUUCAAGUUAAUUCCUUCUUUAAAAAAUUCUUCUUGGAACUAAAAAAAUUGAAAUAAAGAGUUCCACCGGGUUCCAAAGCGGUAUUUCUUUCAAUGCGCAUUUUAAAUGAAGUCAACAACCGGAAAGAAUCUUCUUUGAAGCCAUAAUUUACAUCUAACACAAUAAUUAGCCAGUCAACAACCAACUGACCAAUAACACCGGAAAAUCCAUCUGAUCCGCGAAUAAAUCAUUCGACUGAUCCUAAACAAAAGUAUUAACCGAUCAUGAUCAACGCAUUUGGAAUUCAAACCGCCGAAGAAGACGCACCGUGCAUUCCCAUUGGCCCUGGAGGAUAACGGCAUUACGGUACACCAUUGCGUGUCUGACUAUACACAACUCCACCGGUAGUUGGUCUCAGGUGCGCGUGGGCGCCGAUUCGAGUCGAAUGAGUGAACAGUUCCGGCGUCAAUCGAUCAGGAAUUUUCGUGAAUUGCGGGACCUUUUUGAAUGAAAAAAUCAUUAUCAUCGAGAGAUGAAGUACUUGACGAGACACUUGCGUUACUGAUCCCGAUACAAUUAUGGUGGACGUCAUUUGAAACAGUUGGACAAAAUUACCACGACGGAGCAAUUCGAUAGCUAAUUGGCCAUGCGACCAUCAGGAUGGAACUGGAUGUGUGUCCUCGCUCUAUCGGUAAUAUCACCGGUUAUAGCAGUCACCUUCGAGGACGGAAUAUCCGAGAAUCAUGACAUUCCAGAAAAAUCUGUAAAUUUCCAAGAUGCAACGCCCCAACAAAAAGGCCUACAACAAAACAAGACACGUCAAGGAAAGGAUCUCUUUGACUGGAUAGGUCUCGGAACAGGUCAGCACGUGGAUCCCUACCUGGCUAGGAUCAAUCAGGCCUGUCUGAAUGGCGACCUCGCUGAAUGUUUCAAAUCACGAGCGAUCGGUUCCUUCGCCGAUUUCUUCGAUCAGCCGGAAUACCUCUUCACCGAUCAGGUGAAAUUCGUGAGGAUGGGGCGGGAUGUGGUCCAGGAGGUCGCCCGUCAGCCGUACGAGUACUCCAGCUCCCCAAGGUCGGAUGAGUCUGAUUGGGAUCAGCUGGUCAAGUUUGCUGCUCGAAAAGCGGAGAAAUUCGUUAAAACUGUUGCUAUCGAGGUGAACAUACCAUCCUGGGUUACUGGAGAAAAUGAGGUUUAUGCUCCCAGAUUUUUGGAUGAAAUUGCUGAUGAGAUCGAUACUCUUGAGAAUAAGAAGGACACUCUCUUCUCUCGCAAGCGUCUGAAGAAGCUGUUCAUUCCCAUGCUGAUAAUCCUGAAACUAUUCAAGCUGAAGCUCCUUCUGUUCCUGCCCCUGAUUCUGGGUCUGGCAUCGUUCAAAAAAUUCCUGGGCUUCAUGGCUAUUGUCAUCCCGGGGCUCAUUGGGUUCUUCAAGUUUUGUAAACCGAUAUUGAGCAACUACCAACCACCCGUUUACACUCAGAGUGGUCUCGGCUUUUCCCAUUACAAGGGGACAAACAAUCAUGGAUAUCCAGUGGAGCACUCGAAUUAUCAGGACAAUCCUGGUUACCACAAUAGUUACCAAAGUGAAGGUGCCUCCUACGGGCAGGAUCUCGCUUAUCAGGGAUGGAAGCAUUAUCAAGAGUAGCUUUUCAGGUGAUCAUGUCGAGUAUUGUUCCAUUUGUAGAUUUUUUCGUGCUGUAUCACUUGUUUAUUCACGAUUUUUAUACCUCAUUAUCAUGAAUUAUUUAAAGCUAUAUUAUUUUUCAUGCAAAUAUUUAAGCCAGUGUUGUACAUAAUCUUAAUUAAGCAGUAUUUUAGUUUAUGUUUUGUGUUUGUAUACCUAUUGAAUAAUUUAUGAAAUCUCUGUGUUCAGGGGUUCGGGAAUGAACUAUAAUAUUAUUAAAACAACAAAAUUUUAAUGAUUAGAAAUCAAUGAAGGUGAAAGCUUUUCGUAAUUUGUAAUCUCGUUAAAUUUUUGAUUGAAGGAGAUGAAUUUAUUACAAUAAAGCAGGAAAUUAAGACUUGAAAUUUAAUGAAAAACCAUUUUUUAUGGUAUCUCUAUUGCAUAUAUGAGAAACAUGAUUUAUCAUCAAUUAAUGAUGAAUCUUCGUGUAAUUUUAAAUUAAUUAAGUAAAGACGACAACGAUGUGGGAAGACCACUCAUUUCACUUACAAUUUUACUUUCGAUUGGUUGUGUGUUAAUGUAUCAAGAUUUCGUCUCAUUAGUUUAUUAGUUAUCUGGGUAACACCUGUGAAAGAAGGUUUUCUUUGAAAAUUUAACAAUUUUAUUAAGAAGGAGGGGGGAAUUUAAUUUUUUGGAACAAUCUAUACAUUCGAUUAUCUUUUCCUAAUUACUAUGGGAUAUGGUACAAUGAUCUUUCGCCAGAAGUUCAAUAGAAUAAUCGUCGGGUACAAAUAAAUCGCUUGUUGUUAAAUUUUCGCUGUACUUUUGGCUGUAAAAUUUCCGAAGUUGACAUCAGCAUUCUUCUGGUUACUGUCUUCAUAAAUAAAACCUGACCAUUUCAAUGAAUCUCUUAAUGUAAGGAGAGAAAAACUCGAAAAAUUACGGAAGCUUCACGCAAUCGUGGGAAAAGGAGUGGAGGUACCGUAAAAAUUCCUGACGUCUAGAGCAAUUAUUCUAAAACUUUCAGUAUUUUUUUCCGAACAGCAAAGUCGUUCCAGGAUGACAUAAAAGUUCAGUACAUUUUCGACUAUUUUCCGCUCCGUGUGUAAACAUUUUUUAAAUAAUGCGGAUUACCCAUAGAUUUUUCCGAAUGAUUGUUAUGCAAUUAGAUAAUCCAAAAUGUACCGUUUAAGUGGUUCCGAAAGAAAAUUAAAAGCUCCGUAACUUCUGGAAAAGUAGCAAACAGUAACAAAAAAUUGAUCAAUAAGUGAACUUAUCAUUUCC